AUGGCUCCUAAAGUUCACAUCGUCUUCUACUCCACCUACGGUCACGUCUACCGCCUUGCCCAAGAAGUCCAAAAGGGUCUUGAAGCUGUUGGUGUUGAAGCUAAGCUCUUCCAAGUUGCCGAAACCCUCUCUGAUGAGAUCCUCCAAAAGAUGCACGCCCCUGCCAAGCCUGAUGUUCCUGUCAUCACCGUUGACGACCUCAAGGAAGCUGAUGGUAUCUUGUUCGGCAUCCCCACUCGUUUCGGUACCAUGCCCGCUCAAAUGAAGGCAUUCCUCGAUGCUACUGGUCAAUUGUGGGCCGCUGGUGGUCUUGCUGGCAAGUUCGCUGGUACCUUCUUCUCCACCGCCUCCCAACACGGUGGUCAAGAAACCACCGCUCUUACCGCCGUCACCUUCUUUGCUCACCACGGCAUGAUCUACGUGCCUUUCGGUUUCGCCAACACUCAUCUCUUUGACAACUCUGAGGUCGUUGGUGGCUCUGCCUAUGGUGCCGGUACCGUUGCCAACGGUGAUGGUUCCCGUCAACCUAGCGAGAAGGAAUUGGCUAUUGCCAAGAACCAGGGUGAGAACUUUGGCAAGACCGUCGCCACCUUUGUCAAGGGCAAGACCGCCUAA